CAGCCUGUGGCGCCAUCCAGUGGGCUUAGUGGAUCUCACAGAUAAGUCCUUCAGUAUAAUUAUCUUGUUACUUAAUUUUUUUUUGCAUAAAAUGAAGGACACUUGUUGAUAUUACCCAUUAUGUAACAUUUAUUAUAAUGCAAAUGUUUAUCAGUUUUGUCAGGAAAUACAGUUUGGGUUGGCUUGGUUGUAAAAUUUUAAACAAAUGGAUCAAAUUUAGAUAAAAACUGCUUUCUCACAAUAUGGAAACUUUCCGAGGCGAUGGUUUGGAAGCUUAACUAGGUGUAUUUAUUUGAAUGAUGCUGUUUUACAGAAUCAAAUGUCUCGCAAUGCAAAGUUUGUGCAGCUUUUAUUUUAAGAUAUGCUGCUUGAUGUCUUUUUUCACACACUCACCUUUCCAGUUCAGAUUGUCACACCUAAAUGUGUAUAAAUAAAUAAAUAAAAAAAACUUUUUAGGAUUUAUCUAUAAUAGAAGUCAAUCUGCUAAAUGUGCGAAGCUCAUCACUUGGAGAGGUUUAUGAGGAAUUAAAGGAUUAGAAGGGAUAAUUUCUUCUUUUUUUUUGCUGGAUUUUCAGUUCUUAAUGGGACAUUCUUAUCUCUUCAGGAACAUCUCAUAAGCAGUUCCCUUUGUAGUAGUUUAAGCCACAUCAUUUACAGAUAGUGAACAAUAAUGACAUGUUUAGGUACUCACUGUUUUUUCUUCUGUUUAACAAGCUAACAAAUGGAGAAGCAGCUGGUGUCUACUCCCAUCUAGUGGAGAUUUAGGAGUAUUGCUGAUUUUCAAAUCUGAACUUUUUAGCACCAACACUUUUAUGUUGCUGGCUUUCCUAAUAGAAUUGGAUCAGUCUUUAAAACUGAUUUAUUGAAAUCCUGUUCAAUUUUCUUAUGAAACCAAGCUUUGAUAAUCAUGAUGACAUUUAUAUGGUUUCUGUUGGCAAUAUCAGGCUUGUUAAUUUUAGUGCUCUAUUUAAAUAUUUAAAACAUAAUUAUAAACAGAGCUGAAUCUGAAAUUAAAUAUUACGAAUUUAUCAUAAUAAAAACUAUAACUUCUUGUAUUUUAAGUGAUAUAUACUAAAAUUUGACAGACAUUUUUCUUUUCAUAUUUCUAUUUACUCAAUGAAUUUUACAUUUAUUUACCCUAAAGUUGUUUUACAUUUUUCUCUUAAGGAGAUUACUAAUAUGUAAGAUUUAAUAUUUUAUUUUGAAAUUCCAGCCCAGUUCCAAUCCAGUUUUUUCCCACACAGAAAAGUCAAAAUGAGAACACAAAGGCUGUAUAUUUUUAAUAAAUAGAGAUUCUAACGGUGUUGAUGUUUUGCCAGAGUCUGCCAGUAAGAAGAAGAUUUAUUAAUUAUUGGGGGAUAAUCAGGUCAAACAGACGAUGAGGUCAUUAUCAGCUAAGCAGUCCAUAUUUCAGGAGGCGUUAAGCCAAUCUGUCCAUCCUGCUGUGGAAACAUUUUAACAGAGAAACAGCAGCAACGUUUGCUUCUCCACGUGCAUAAUUGUGCAGUGCAGGGUUCUAAGUGGAUGCAUGACACACUCAAGCAACAAUUUGUUUAGAAAUAUGCAUGAAUGAUCCAGUAUUAUGUUAUGGAAGUACACAAAACCAAAUAAAAAAGUCUUUAUUAAUUAAAGACAUGUUUGGCUUUUACAGAAAUCUGCUAUUUUACUUUCACCUUUCUAAAAAAAAGACUUCUGAGAGGGAAAAGGCAUUUACUACCUUUGGUAAAUGUUUAUAAUUACUGAAUGGAAAUAAGGGCCGUAAUUUAAAUGUGGGGAGCUUUUGGACAUCAAAUAAACAGAAUUUUACCACAUAUAGUGUUGAUUUCAUGUCUAUAUAUAUCUAGAAUAUGUCAGUAGAUAUAUUCAGAGCAUGACAACUUUAAAAAUGUUGUAAUUUUGAAAUAAUAAAGGAUUUAGUGUACUGAUUUAAAAAUAGUCACAUUUAAAAAUACCUAAUUGAUCCUUAACUAGAUUAAAUCACAGUAUCCAAAAUGCUUACAUUUGAAGUAUUUAUGCAACUAAGCCUUGAAAAUAAAAUUACAUUGAAGUUAAUAAUGUUGCAAACGUAAUGGAGCUUUUACUUAAAAUUUCUAAAUGUAUAGUAAUGCAUCAACUCCCGGCUCCACUAAAUCAAGGGCAAAACAGCUUUGACUCAUGAAAUUUAAUGAUAUAUUUUUUUUAUUUGACCACUCUUGUUGCGCGUUUAUCUGCAAAAUUAUUUGCAGAACUGUUAUUGCAUCAGCUGUGAUUCAUUUUAGGAUUAAACAGGAAUCGUUGAAUCCAUAAAUCUCCCUGAGCUUCCCCCCCUGGUCCAUGCACAGAUUUACUGGUCCUGCUCUCGGCUCAAUGUGCAAAAAGAUACACGCUGUUCUUGGUCAAGAUUAAAGAAUGAGAUGUGGAUUGUUGGCAGCAGUUUGUGUUGAUAGUGAUGAGCCGCUGAUGGACAGACUGACAGACUGGUCUCUUCCUUUCCCUGGAUGAAUUCUAAAGGAGCUUACACUGUAAUAUCCUGAUGGGGAAAAAAAGGGGUUUGCUGUAAGCUCGCCGAACGCACCGAAUCUCUGCGAGAGUGCAGUUGAAGGUCUGAGUUAAUUCAAAUUAUGACGCUUCUUCCAAACAGAUCUGCUUUUGACACCAGCCUGUUAGCGCUGAUACCUUAAAGCUCAUCUAGGUUUUUAGUCCUUUUUUCGUGGAUGGAAAUACUUUUUUUUCUCCGUGAUGUCUCACUUGGUGGAUGAAGAGCAGUGAAGAACAGAAGCAGAUUUUGGGACGUAUAGCUGGACUCUGUACUAUAGGUCGUAGAAAUGAUUCCCACUAAGAUGUUAGUGUACCGGGGGCCUGAGGUGGUCACAGAUCCACAACAAAAUUCGAACCCAACAAGACGCAAGAAAUCAACGGGAGAACUGUUCCAGAAUGGCUACAGGGUCCGGAUGGGCCACGGGCAAGUCACUGACAAAGAUGACCAGGACAGCAUCUGCUUUAGCUUGGGAGCAUGCUUCCACGUGAUCGCUUACUGGGGUUUGAGGUUUUUAAGGGCCUUGAGGUUGAUACAGUUCUCAGAAAUUUUACAGUUUUUAAAUAUACUCAAGACAAGCAACUCGAUAAAGCUGGUAAACUUGUGUUCCAUCUUCAUAAGCACAUGGCUGACGGCAGCGGGCUUCAUUCAUUUGGUGGAAAACUCUGGGGAUCCUUGGGAGAACUUCCAAAAUUCCCAGGCACUUUCCUACUGGGAAUGUGUCUACUUACUCAUGGUUACAAUGUCCACUGUUGGCUAUGGAGAUGUUUACGCAAAAACCACCCUUGGCCGCCUGUUUAUGGUGUUCUUCAUCCUUGGUGGUUUGGCCAUGUUUGCAAGCUACGUCCCUGAAAUCAUAGAGUUAAUAGGAAACCGCAAGAAAUAUGGUGGUUCCUAUAGUGCAGUUAAUGGGAGAAAGCACAUCGUGGUCUGUGGUCAUAUAACACUGGAGAGUGUGUCCAACUUUCUAAAAGACUUCCUACACAAGGACAGGGAUGAUGUCAAUGUAGAAAUCGUUUUUCUCCAUAAUAUUUCCCCUAAUCUUGAGCUGGAAGCCUUGUUUAAGCGCCAUUUCACCCAGGUAGAGUUUUACCAAGGUUCUGUCCUAAACCCACACGACCUGGCUAGAGUCAAGAUCGAGUCCGCGGAUGCCUGCCUAAUCUUAGCCAACAAAUACUGCGCUGACCCUGACGCCGAGGACGCGUCCAACAUCAUGAGAGUCAUAUCCAUCAAGAACUACCACCCAAAGAUCAGAAUAAUAACUCAGAUGUUGCAGUACCACAAUAAGGCUCACCUGCUCAACAUUCCAAGCUGGAACUGGAAAGAGGGAGAUGACGCAAUUUGCCUUGCAGAGCUGAAGCUGGGGUUUAUUGCCCAGAGCUGCCUUGCUCAAGGCCUGUCCACCAUGCUGGCAAACCUUUUCUCCAUGAGGUCUUUCAUCAAGAUUGAGGAGGACACGUGGCAAAAGUAUUACCUGGAAGGAGUCUCCAAUGAAAUGUACACAGAGUACCUGUCGAGUGCCUUUGUGGGUUUGUCCUUCCCAGUGAUUUGCGAACUGUGCUAUGUGAAGCUAAAACUGCUCCUCAUAGCUAUAGAGUACAAGUCUGACCAAAGGGAAAGCAGCACCCUGAUCAACCCUGGAAAUCAUGUUAAAAUGCAAGAAGGUACUUUGGGAUUCUUCAUUGCCAGUGAUGCCAAAGAAGUAAAAAGAGCACUGUUUUACUGUAAGGCAUGUCACGAUGACAUAAGUGAUCCGAAAAGGAUAAAGAAAUGUGGAUGCAAGAAAUUGAUGUAUUCCAAGACGGCUGCCCACAAGAAAAUGAGACUGGCAUGUUGUUUUGGUUGCGGCCGCUCUGCGUGGGGCUGCUGUUGCAUGCCAGUUAAUGUGCAUUGUAACUUGGACUCCCCUCGACGGGACAUCCCCCUCUCUGCUGUCUCUGUUAAUGAAUGCUCGGCCACUUUACGUGCCUCUAAAAAUAGCUAUAAUGGAUAUAUCAAAUCAAUUGAAGAGGACCGACACUCAGCUCUGUCGCCCAAAAAGAAGCAACGCAACGGAGGCAUGAGGAAUUCUCCAAACUCCUCACCCAAAAUAAUGAGACACGACCCGCUCUUCAUCCCAGGGAGCGAGCAGAUUGAGAGCAUGGAUGAGAAUGUAAAGAAAUAUGACUCCACUGGGAUGUUUCACUGGUGCCCAUCCAGAGACAUCGAGAAGGUCAUCCUGACCCGGAGUGAGGCCGCCAUGACGGUUCUGAGUGGUCACGUGGUCGUGUGCAUAUUUGGAGACGUGAAAUCCGCUUUGAUCGGACUUCGAAACUUCGUCAUGCCCCUGAGAGCCAGCAACUUUCACUACCACGAGCUGAAGCACAUUGUGUUCGUCGGGUCCCUCGAGUAUCUGAAGCGGGAGUGGGAAACUUUGCAUAAUUUUCCAAAAGUCUCAAUUCUACCAGGCACGCCGUUGAGUCGGGCAGAUCUGAGGGCUGUCAACAUCAACCUGUGCGACAUGUGUGUCAUUCUGUCAGCCAAUCAAAACAAUAUCGAUGAUGCAUCACUACAGGACAAAGAGUGCAUUUUGGCCUCACUUAACAUCAAAUCCAUGCUAUUUGAUGACAGCAUCAGAGUCCUGCAGGCCAAUUCCCAAGGUUUCACUCCACCAGGGAUGGACAGAUCUUCUCCGGAGAACAGCCCAGUUCACGGUUUAGUUAGGCAGACGUCUGUCACAACUGGAGCAAAUAUUCCCAUCAUAACAGAACUAGCACCGUUAGCAAAACAAGGCAAAAAACUGCCUGUCAUUUCAUUCAGUCAGGAUAAAAGCAGUGGGACCAGCAUUCAAAUGAUAACUGAGCUGGUUAACGACUCCAACGUUCAGUUCCUGGACCAAGAUGACGACGACGAUCCAGACACAGAGUUGUACCUCACUCAGCCUUUCGCCUGCGGGACGGCCUUCGCAGUCAGCGUGCUGGACUCGUUAAUGAGCGCUACAUACUUCAAUGAUAAUAUCCUCACCUUGAUCCGGACCCUGGUUACGGGUGGUGCAACGCCAGAGCUGGAAGGGUUACUGGCAGAGGAGAAUGCAUUGAAGGGAGGCUACAGCACGCCCCAGACGCUGGCGAACAGGGACAGGUGUCGUGUGGCACAGCUGGCCUUGUACGACGGGCCCUUUGCUGACCUUGGGGAUGGUGGUUGUUAUGGUGACCUGUUUUGUAAAGCCCUUAAAACCUACAAUAUGCUUUGUUUCGGCAUUUACCGACUCCGAGAUGCACAUCUAAACGCACAGAGCCAAUGUACGAAACGGUAUGUCAUAACUAAUCCGCCGUAUGCAUUCGAGCUGGUACCCUCGGACCUGAUAUUCUGCCUGAUGCAGUUUGAUCACAACGCCGGCCAAUCUCGAACCAGCCUUUCCCACUCUUCUCAUUCUUCACAUUCUUCAAGCAAAAAAAGCUCCUCCGUACACUCUAUCCCAACCACCAACCGCACCAGCCGGAUCAAAAACAGGGACUCAAGAGACAAACAAAAUGCAACAAGGAUGAAUAGAAUAAGCCAAGAAAAGACAUGGUUUACAGAUGAGCCAGACGAUACCCACCUGAGGACCAUGCAGCUGAAGCCCGUGAACACUCUCGCCGUCAACCAAAAAAGUCACAAUAAAUCCACAAGCAGCUUGAUUCCACCCAUCAGAGAAGCAGAGGACGAGUGUUGACGUCUCACAGCCCACCGUAACGGGACAAAUCCCCAACUCAACGUCACAUUUUACCAACUUGUUCACUUCUUCAACCUAUGCGUCUAUUCAGUGUCUCCAAAUCAAAGACAAUCCAGUUUGUACUGCUACGCUAUUAGUUUAAUCUACUUCUCUUUGGCAGUGACCAGACUCCAUAAUUUUUUCUGUUUCCUUUUGGGGAAUGAGGGUCACUUGAGUUGGGAAGCAUUUACUGCUGUUAUUAUUCAAAGGGGAGACUCGCAAAUGUAAAAGUUGCCUUUUUAGCUGUCUGCGAACAACAAAUUCAACUGUAUAAUAUUUACCCUGCACUGCAGAGUUAAUCUGUACAGUUUAAUGUAAAUUCUGCAUCCAGCUGCAACCCCACCCCAACCACAAUGGCAUUGUUGCUGAUUUCUUUGCCAUUUUGAGCUAAUUCACAACAUUUGUGAUAGUUAUGACGGCCAGUGCCCAUGUUUGAACGGCAUUUGGUUCCAGCCUUAUCUCUAUCUUUCUUUGUCUUAUGUAAGUAAGCCUUUGCUAUUUUAUAUCUUUUUUGUUGCAAUAUCUAAGAUCCCAAAAAAAUCUUUCAGUUAAAAGAAUUGUACUGCUUUUUCUCUCUCACUUUUAAUUUGUAGCCAAAUAUGAUAGAGCUGUUUUGAGAAGUUAUUUAAAUAAGGCACCAUUCAGCAAAGCAAAAUAGUGUGAAACAUGCACCAUCUUUUAAGUCUGUAAGCAAUUGAAUGUGAAAGCCACAUAUCGCAUGAGGUGGGCACCUUAAAGUCCUCCUUUGGCUAUAAGCACUGCCUGACACAGGAUUGUCUUGGAGGUCAUGAGGCAACUUGAAUGUACUCCAUGACCAAUCUUAAUGCCAUAUUCACUAAUUGUUAUUAUUUUUUUGGAGAUGCUAAAAAAACAGCUCUAUCAUAAAUUUUGUUGUUCGUGCGUAAUCAACUGCUUUGUGUUUGUAAACCAUCUGCAAUUUUGUGUUUCAGUGUACAUGCAAUGUAUGCAAAGGGUGGUUCAUAUAGAUCAUGUCUUAUUUUAAUAAUGGAACAUAGCUAUAUUGGCACUUUUGUCACUUUAUUUCAGGAUUCGGGUUGGAGAAAAGAGAAGAAACAAAAAAAAAAGUAGUCAUGCAUUAAAACUUAGGUCUUGUAAAGGAAAAAAAAUGGUUGCGACAUUUUUACUGGCACAGAAAACAUCAAUGCUCAUCUCUCAGUGCCAGUAAUGUGCCAGGCAGUGCUGAAGCCGCUGGAGGACUCCACCAAGACCCACUGCUGCGAAAAGAGGCUUCUUGUUUUGAUUUUUCUCGACAAAAAGCUAUUUUUAUUGUUUUGUUUUUUUCCUGGAAGUAACCACACGUGGUAAUUCAUCCGAAAGUCUUAAUACUAUCUUUGAAACAUCCACCAAAAUUAAAUCAAGCAAUGCAUUCUUAUGUAAAUCUGUAGAGGUUUAUGUAAAGUAUCUCUGUUGUGUGUUCUUGUUGGAUGGGGGUCAAGAGACAUUAAGCUUUGCAGAUGACUAUAAACUAUUUUGUGCAUUUCUUUUUUCUAAACACGGUGACUUCUCAAUACCUUGAUUGUCCUAAGCUAAUAUUUAUGUUGUAAUACACAAUAAUUGCAGUUUAUCAUCUUGUACAAAUGGGCUUGUACAUAAAUUUUACAUGAUUUUGUUUUGUAUUUUCACAAGUUAAAAGCAGAUGUAUCGUGUUCUACAGAAUGUCUCCUGGCUCUUUAUUAAUGUGUAAAAAUAAGAAGAUAGUAGGUUA